GAAUCAUUUUCCAAGUAACAAGCUUAGCCUUCAUAACUAGUUUUUCAUUCAGCGUGAUCCACCCACUAUUUCGGUGAAGGAAAACAAGAAAUAAAGAGUUUGCUGAAUGAGCAUUUACACCUUGAUCAAAGCUGUAAAGAUGCUCUAUCAACUUGCUUGGUAUAUUUUCUCAUUUAUCUGUCACAUCUGCCACAUCCUCUGGAUACUGUACAAUGUUACUCUGGCGGGCAUCCCAUGGCUCACGUUUGUCAUCUUGUGUCUCUGUGUGGCCUCCUUCUUUGCCAGACUUCCAAGUCCAAGUCCCAAGGUGCUGGCUUCGAUUCUGGGCGAAAAGACUGGACAGCUGUACUAUCCAGUUGUUCACCGUGGAGGAGCCUUCGAUACACCAGAAAAUUCCCUGGCAGCUCUCAAGAAAUGCGCCUCCCUCAACUGCCCUCAAGUUCUCCUCAAUCUGGAGAUGACGGAGUGCGGAGAAUUGGUGAUUCUGCACAAAUCCACUCUCCAGAAGGCUGGACAUUUUGCCCAAAUCGACAAGAUAAAAUUUGAAUCCCUUCAGAACUUCAAUAUUUCCGAGCAUCAUCCACUAGCAAGCCAAUUCCCUCCCGAAAGGAUCCUCACCCUAGCGAACCUCAUUCCCCAAGUUGAGAGGCUCAACUUGACAGUUUUCCUCCUCCUCUCGGGCAAUUCUUCCAUCGUUUCUGCCCUCAAGCAGAUCAUUGCGAAGAAUGAGAAUUUUCCUCGCCACCGCAUCAUCUUCUGCAGCAAGUCCCCUCUGGAUAUCUACCAGCUGAGGAAGCAAUUUUCCGAUUUGAUCUGCGGCCUGUGGCUGAUGAAAAUCGAACCUCCAAAGGUGGUUCCGGCUUUCUUCUCUGCCCUCUUUACUGCGAUCUUUGGUGCUAUUCUGCGGAAUGUGAUUGUCCCGAUGAUUGGAAUAUCAGUGGCUUUCAUCGACAAGAACGAGUUCAAUCAGCAAGUGCUGGACUUGUGGCGAAAUGUAGGAGUUCAGCCAAUUGUGUACACUGUAAAUUCGCCAAAUGAGAAGAGAUACUUCCAGAGAGCCAUGAAAGUGCAAUAUCUUACGGAUUCUCUGCGAUCUGAGCCUGAUCUGUUGAUCAGACAGGAAAUCUCAUAAAUUCUACAGACUCUCCUUGUCUCUAUCUUCAGCUUGAUGCAAUCUUCUCACGCAUUUAUAAACUUAAAGAUCUCUUUCCUAUCGACAACAGGAUAUUUCUUAGCAAUAAUUCGUCAGUAAUAAUUUUUAUUUCAGCUGAGAUUUUAUAUAAGUAUGAUUAUAUAUAAUGAGAGAUUAUAAAUUAAUUGAGGUCAGUGUUUCAAACACCAAAGAAUUCGAACAGAUUUUGUUUAAAUUUAAUACAGAGAAUUUUUUAAUUUAUUACAAAGAUUUUUUUUUACGAAUUUUCCAUCCGUGAAAGUACGAGUAUUAUUAUCUAGUUUCUGUGUUUUUUUUAAAGUAGAUUUAACAGUAGAUGCAGUUCUCACCGAAUAAUUUUAGAAUUAAGCUUAGCAUUAAAUGUAAGAAGUGAAAUAUACAAACUUUUGUUCAAUGCAAUAAA